CCUUACUUUUUUAAUUGUUAACGCGUUAGGAAUUGAUAUCCCGAUCAAUUCUUGCGCAUGAGUCCGCAGCGUGCCUAUGGCUGAUCGAACUACCCGUUAGCAGCACUAGGAGUGCAUCAUAUGCAUCUGUUGGCGUUUCAAUAGUCCCUUCCCUAUUCGUAAGGUACGACUGUAGAAGCUACCAUGGUGAACCGAGCACUUGAUUAAUAUUACAGCAAUGAAAGAGUAAUUACUUGUGGUAUUCGUCUAUCUUUAUCUCACCCCGGGAUUGUUUUCUGUACGUCGAAUCUUCUUGGCACAGUAUAUAUUUCUAUUAGACAACAAUUUUCAAAAUGGUCAAGGCGUACGAAUUAAGAGAUAUGUCCAAGGAGGACCUCCUUAAGACACUUACAGACCUUCGUAAGGAGCUCGGUGAAUUGCACGUUGCCAAGGUCACUGAUGGUGCUGCAUCGAAGAUCGCUAAGAUCAAGUCGGUCCGAAAGUCGAUCGCCCGAGUCUUGACUGUCCACAACCAACAACAGAAGGCCGGACUUCGCAAGGCCUGCGAAGGAGCUAAAUACGUUCCUAAGGAUUUGCGAAGCAAGAAGACACGGGCUAUGCGACGUGCAUUGACUAAGGCAGAAAGAGGAAAGAAAACCCUUAAGGCGAAGCGAGCCGCUGCUGCCUUCCCCAAAGUGAAGUACGCCAUUAAGGCAUAAAGACUCUUAUAGGGAUGUACAUGAACGACAAAAUUACUCGAAACUUUGAGACCAUUUUACUUGUGGAAGAAUUGAUUUGUUUGUACAGUUGACUGCAGGUAGCAGCUUUAAUCGGUGAAAAUGGAUUCGGGCCAAAUGCAAGGGUAACAGCAGUCGUAAGCCAGCAAACAGUUUCUCAGCUUCUGGUUUUGUGGAAUUAGUGCUCUGUUCUCUACAUUUCUGUUCGGCAAACUUUGAUGUCAGGGGCUUUGCAUUUACAUCGCGCCGCUAUCGAAAACCCCCUACCCUAUUUUUGAGACUGUGUCAACUGCGAUACGGAAGGUUGGAUUCGCUGUAGACGUUGAUCAACUUAGUAGUCCCCCCCCCUCCCCACCCUUGUACACGUUCAGGCAUCUGCUCAUUGCUUCAAAAAUGCAAGUUUUAUUCCGAACUCAUUCAUGCCUUGCUUUUCGUGCCGAUCAAGGGCGAACUGCCUCAUUCAGACGAAGAUGAAUGCAAUUCGUGCUCCAGUCGUCCUUUUUUCAUGAUCCCGACUUGCAGUAGAUAGUAAAGAAUUCGCGUUGAACUGCAGAACUUCAUCUCAUGUCAACCAAAACUCGGGAAGAAGAAAGGAUGUUUUCAACCUGCUCUCAUGAGAAAAAUAUGAUUGGCAUCUACUUCACUGUUCUUGAUGUUGUCCUUUUUGAAUUGAAAUUGUCAAGCUGAUGCUUUCUACUACUAGUAGUAGUAGUUAUAGUAAUGAAUCAGUUGGUGUGAGCUAGAAGAAUGCAUUCUUGUGUCUGAACUAGUCACAAAUGCCAACCAGUCUGUGGUGUUGCCCACCACCACCAGUGGGUCAUCAACAACAAGAACUAGUAGUAGAAGCAAUCACCGCCACCACCAGCAUUACUACUAGUAGAAGCCAGUAAGAACAAGAACAACAAGAAGAACAACACCAAGAAGAACAAGAAGGUGGUGGUGGUAGUACUAGUACUACUAGCUAGUAGUACUACUACUAGCUCCUUCAUUCUGGUCUACAACGACUGAUCAGAUAUUGG